ACUUGGAAUGUCCUGUAAUAUCUAACAUGUAAGCACGUCAAAUCAUUUUCUAGACAGAAUCUGCAUCUCUCUUUUUCUGUGUCUCUCUCUCUCUUUCAACAUGGAAUUUGAAAAGCAUGAAAAAGGAAGCUUAUUAAAUGAGAAUUUAGAGGAGAAACUGACGGUCUCUUCUGGUGAUUCUGAAGCCAAACCUUUGAUCUUCACAUUUGUCCCCACUGUCAGAAGAUUGCCAACCCACUCUCAGUUGGCUGACAUCUCUAGAUUCCUUGUUAAAAUUCCUGAGGAACCAAGUGAUAAGAAUCCAGAAACUGUAAAUAGGUCAAAUUUCAAUGAGUACUUGACCUUGAGUGCUGGGAGCCAACAGAAGAGAGACCCAGGAACAUUCACUUAUCCUUCAGAAGUCAGCAGAAAGAUUUCACAAGUAAGGGAAUUUAAAACAAACAAACCUCAAGAAAUGCAGCAAAGUGGCCUCUUCAAAGCUGAAUAUGUUUUUAUUGUGGACUCUGAAGGGGAAGAUGAAGCUACAAGCAGAAAAGUUGAACAAACUCCCCCAGUGGGGAUGGGCACCACAGCUACUCGGCCCAAGUCCCUAGCUAUAUCCUCCAGUCUGGUCUCUGAUGUGGUACGUCCCAAAACACAGGCAACAAGCCUCCAGGCCUCAUCACAUCCUGAAAUGCCCCACGGGAUGGCCUCUCAGCAAAAGCAUGGGCAGUUAACUUCUUCUUCCACUACCUCUGAGCAGCUUGCCUGUAAACCACCUGCUCUCUCCUUUGUUUCUCCAACUAAUCAGAAAACACCACCUGACCCAGUUAACCUCGCCGGAGCCUCUGUCCUAGAGGAGUUCCACACUAGGAGGCUGAAUGUCAGUGGGGCCUUGGUAGAAGAAACAGCUACGUAUUUCCAAACUUCUGCUCACUCUUCACCCUUUUUUGCAUCGAAGGUCACCUCCUCGGCGGUAGAGUUGCCCUAUUCCACUCAGUUAUCAGGUUCUAAUUUAUCCAGUCCCAGUGAAGCAGAUCAAAAACCUGGACUGACUUCGGAAACUCUGAGGAAGACGACGUCAGCCUCAAAUGUCCUUAGCCCCAGAGAAAGUCUGAGAACCUCUCCUUCACAAUCCUCUGGUGCUUCUCUGAAGUCGAAUUCAGCCUCGUACAUACCAGUCCGUAUUGUCAUGCAUUCACUCUCUCCAAGUCCAAAGCCAUUUACCUCCUCUUUCCAUGGCUCUUCUUCCACCAUCUGUAGCCCGAUGUCAUCCAGUGGAAAUCUCUCAAAGUCAGGGGUGAAAUCCCCAGUGCCCUCCCGGCUUUCUCUUCUCACUGCCAUGCUCAAGUCAAACCCUUCUCAUCAGAGACCCUUUUCCCCUGCAUCCUGUCCCACUUUCUCUCUCAAUUCCCUGGCCUCAUCCACACUCACACUCGAUCAAAAAGAAAAGCAAACCCUAUCCACACCUAAAAAGUCUCUCUCAAGUUGCUCACUGAGAGCAGGGUCUCCUGAGCAAAAAGAACACCAGGUUUCUGACAUUAGCCAACAAUCCUUUCACUUACCUUUUUUCACCCAAUUUGCUUCCCUUUCUCAGGCACCCUCCCUCUCUCCCACAAAACAUGAGAACAACAGCCUUGCUUCUUUGAGUGUAGAGAAAACACCAUCAUCUACUUCUUUGAAGAACAAUCCUACCCUCUCCCUGCUACAGACAAAUACUUUGAGUCCUGUAGGUCUUCCUCCUGUUCCACCUAGCUUUUCUCCUUUUUCUUGGAAGGGCAAAAGAGAUGCUGACCUCAGAGGUCUGGAAAAGUCCAGGAAUAUUUACACAUAUCCUUCUGAAUCAGCCUCCUCUACAUUAUCUUCUACAUUUCCCACUAACCAAAGAGCCACACUCUCCUCCCAAGAGAAAUGUUUCCAUCCUUCCCCAGCUCUUUCAAACCUGAUCAACAGGUCCCAGAAGGUACCACCCCAGAUAUGGGGUCAGGGGCAGAAUCCUUCAGCUCCUCCUUUACCCCCUGUUUCCAGUGCUGGCUCUGCCUCUCCCCCCAAAUCCUUCCCUCUCCCUCAUACUAAUCUUCCCACUCAGGCACUCCAGCUCAGUCCUUCAGCACUGCACCCAAAUUGUGGCAGUGGUACUUUGCCUUCAAGACUUGGGAAAUCUGAAAGCUCAAUAUCCGACCACAGGUCAUCUGUUUCAACCCCAUCACCUCCCACCUCUCUAACAAGAACCAAGGACCUGAUUUCACCUUGUGCAUUGCCCACAUCAGCAGACUUUGAGAAUAAGAAACCCAAGCAAUACAAGACCAAGUCAAGCUACAAGGCUUUUGCAGCAAUCCCUACAAACGUAUUGCUUUUGGAACAGAAGGCACUAGAUGAACCAGCCAAGACUGAAAGUAUCUCCAAGGACAACGCAUUAGACCUACCUCUGGAGUUUUGUUCCCCUGCACAGCUCAGGCAGCAAACUGAAGAGCUCUGUGCUACCAUUGAUAAGGUCUUACAGGAUUCCUUGUCUAUGCAUUCUUCUGAUUCUCCUUCAAGUUCCUUACAGACAUUGUUGGGUUCUAACACUAUCAAAAAGCCUACAACUCUUCCAAGAGCAGCUGGCCGAGAAACCAAAUAUGCAAACCUCUCCUCACCAUCCUCCACAGUAUCUGAAAGUCAGCUGACUAAACCUGGAGUAAUUCGCCCGGUACCUGUAAAAUCCAAAAUAUUAUUGAGAAAAGAGGAGGAAGCCUAUGAACCCAACCCUUUCAGUAAAUACCUGGAAGAUAACAGUGACCUUUUUUCUGAGCAGGAGGUGACAGUCCCUCACAAGCCUGCUUCUCUCCAUCCUUUAUAUCAGACUAAACUCUAUCCUCCUGCUAAGUCCCUGCUGCAUCCACAGACCCUCUCACAUGCCGACUGUCUUACCCCAGGACCCUUCAGUCAUUUGUCCUCCUUCUCUCUGACCGAUGAACAGGAAAAUUCCCACACCCUGUUUAGUCACAACGCAUAUAAUAAGCUGAGUCAUCCAAUGGUGGCUAUUCCUGAACAUGAAACUCUUGAUUCCAAAGAGAUGAGGAAACUGAGGCUGAGGGAAAUCAGCUAAAGCCACAUAGCUGGACAGUGCACGAUCAGGAGCCCAGAUCUGACUGCCUGAAGCCUGUGCUGUUGAGCACUCUGCCAUACCCUAUCUAGCUCUCUAUCUUCACCUAAACGUCUCUCUGUGUUAUCUAAAUCUGUCUCCCUGUUAAAAUCAUAUUUUAAAAUAUUUGCUAUAUAAAAGGAUAAAUUAUAUUUUGUUCUAAUUUGCAUUUUAAAAUUCUGUAUUUUCUGUUACUUUUGUCUAUUUUCUUCUGCAUUAAGUUAUGAAUUUAUCUACUGGUAUGGUGGCAUUGUUCUUAGUGCAUUGUAAACUACCUUUAUAUAUUAAGGAUAUUAACUCUUUGUCAAAUAUGCUAGCUCUUUUGGUGUGAUGGUGAAAAAUUGUGUAACAGUGAAAAUUCAGACAAGCAUAUAUGUCCAAAAAGAAGAAUGGUGGAAUAAAUUUUGCACAUUCCAGGUGAAUGCAUAAAUCAAAUAUUCUCUUUCUUUCAAACUAUAAUUUUGGCUGAGGUUUAUAUAGGUGAUAGCUAUAUAAUAAGAAUGUUUCUAUACAAUAAUAGAAAAUCAGCUGGUUGAUUAAAUAACAAAAGCACCGAGAUGUAACAAUAAAUACUGAACUAAAAACUUCUGAAUAUUAGGUAAUGCUGAAAGACUAUGUUGAAAAAAGAAUUGGGUAGAGGUAGUAUUAUAGUAUUUUCUUUUUUCACCAAUUACCAUAACUCUAGAGACAAAACUUAAAAUUAAACUAGUGAGUAAGAUUGUCAAAAAUGAUUUGAAUCUCAGACUUGAAAUAUAUGAAAACACCACAUAAGAAACUACAGUUUGAAGUUUAGCAAUUGUGGGAAACAGUAAGUUAGAUAAUAUUAAGGAAAUGUAAAUAAUUAAGAAAAAGGACAUUUUGUGCUUUUAGUGUUCUGUAUUUUGCUUUUUAGUAAAAGUGGCACAUUUUGGAGCAAUUUAACACAAUUUGUGGUUCCUUAUGAUAUGUGGUCAGACUGUAAUACUAAUCUCUGUUUUCUUCCCUAAACUGUUUUUGUUGUUUACCUGCAAAGCAUCAAUCAAGAAGAUUAUCUGUUUUUAAAUAGCAGUUCUAGUCUUUUAACUAUAUAGCCUCAGGAGGAAAGCAUUCGAGUCACAAACCCAGUAAAGUGAACAAUUAUGGAAGAAACCUUCAUGGGAUCUCAAAAUUUACCUCUUAGGUUUUCUCCCAUUUUUUUAAAGACAGCAGUCUGUCUUUUUUUACUACGCUACUCCCAUUUCUUGUGUUCCAUUAUUCUAUUGUAGAUUCUAGUUUUUUUUUAAAUUACCUUGGUAAUUCGUUUAAAACCAACAGACCUCAGAUUUAUCUGAUUUGACCUGAUUACUGUUUUCAUAAUUCAUGUAAUUUAAAAAGUACAUUGAAAAAAGAACUAAUUCAAAACAAUCCACUUAUCAUCUAGUUCAGUGGUUGUCAAGUCUGGUAGAACAUUAGAAUCUGCUUUAUGAAAGUCCCAGGAGCAGGGUUCCACUUCUGGCAAAUUGAAUCAAGGAUCUCUGGAGGCGGACAAAGACAUUGGUAUGUUUUCAAAUCUUGGUGAUUCAAAAUCACAAGAGUUGAGAUCCUCAAAUUCUAGCUUCUUCAUUGGCAGUUAGGAAAGCCAAAAAAAAAAUCAGUUAUUCAAUCAUAGAAACAAAAACUUGAAAGUAAAGCAGGAGAAUUAUUUAAGAAAUUAGUUUCAGGGGAUGCUUUGAACUAAUAGAAAUUUGGGCCACACAUACCUGUCUGUUGAAAAGGCUUAUGUGUGUUUUAACUUGUGUAGAGUAAUUUUGAGAGCUCUGUCCUAUUGAGAUUCAUUAUAAUUUAUUUAGUAAAAUCUAACACUUUGUCUCUGUGUGUUCUUUGUAUUCCACUCAGUUUUGGAAAAUACUUAGGCUAAAGUCUUGCAAAGCAUUUGGUGCAAGCUGAGGUUGGGGCUGGUGAAUUCCAAUGAAUGUUUUAUUUAGCAUUUUAUGUGGCACUUUAAAA